AUCAAAAAUAAGCCCGGCCCGGAUCCAUCACCCACGACACACUAGCCCUAACCACCCUUCUUCUCCAAAACUACUAGGCUUCCCUUUAAGUCUUCAUACCGCGCCAGACGCAGACCCACCCAUCACGCCAUCACCCACGGCAGUCGGCACAGUCGACACUCGGUGGCCGUACUACGACUCAACCUCACGUUUCACUUCGCAGUUGAUUUCGCCUCAGCAUCAAUGGCUUUCUGGGGAGUUGAAGUACGACCUGGAAAACCAUAUACUCAUUCCUUUGAUCCAGGAAGAGGAAGACUCCGCCUUUGUCAGGCUACAUUGGGGAUUGGUGUAGCCAUAAAGAAGAGCUUAGUUCAGUGUAAUGUUGGACGAAAAAGUCCUGUUUUUCUCUGUGCAUUGUUGCCUGAUAAAACAGAAUCAUGCCAUUUGGAUUUGGAAUUUGAAGAAUCUGAAGAAGUCAUAUUUUCGGUUAUUGGUCCUCGGAGUGUUCACCUCACAGGUUACUAUUCCGCUAAUGGGUGCAAAGGGGUCUGUAAUGACAAUUCAGAAUCUUAUGGGGAAGAUAUUGCAAACUCAGAUUCGCAUGAGUCAGCUAAUAGCAGUGGCGACAAAUAUGAUGAUAGUUUUAUUGAUGAUAAUGAUCCGGAGGUUUCCCCUUUUCCUGAUCCAGUAGAUGAUGAAGGCACAAAAAAUGAGAAGAAAGUAAAGAGACGUCUCAAGAAGAAAUAUCAGAUAAUUGAAUCUGACGAGGAUGUUAGCUCGAAGCAAGAAAAGUUGGAUACCGAAUGCCAAAGAGAAAAUUCUGCAACAGAGAUUGAAGAUGAAAAUGAGGACAACGAUGCUAUUUCAACACUGCUUCAAUUAAAAAUGUGUAGAAACGGGAAGAAGGCCGAGACAAAAAAAAAUAGUACAAACGGCAUACUGCUAAAGGAAAAAGAUGAAAAUGUGACUCCUACGACAGAAAUUAAUGGCCUGCAUCCUACGUUAGGAAAGGACGAUCAUACUGUUACUGGAGUGGAUGGUGAAUCUGACAGGAAGAAAAAGUCAUCAAAGAAAAGGAAGAGACAGUUGGACAUUGAAGAAGAAAGGACUAACAAUGGCGACAACAAAGAUGAUGAAGCCUUGCAACUUGAGUUGCCAGAUCAGAAAUCAAUUGACGAUAAGCCUCUUGAAAUUAUUGCUAAUCCAAACUCCGAGGACAAGAAAACUAAGAAGAAAAAAAGGAAGAGUGAAACUAAGGAGAACAAUGUUGAAGACAAUUUAUUUAACCCAAGUAUCAUUUCUAGUGGAUUGAUCAUUGAAGUGCUACAAGAGGGUAAAAAUGAUGGAAAGAUAGUAGCUACAGGGAAGAAGGUAAAAGUCUUUUUAACUGCUAAGCUGAGGGAUACUGGAACGAUAUUCUACUCUAAUAUUGACAAAUCUCCUCAUAGAUUUGUUAUAGGUGCUCCAGAUGUUGUAGAUGGCCUUAACAUUGGCAUGGAUGGUAUGCGAGUAGGUGAAAAAAGAAGACUCACCGUACCACCAUCAAUGGGGUACGGCAGUCUUGGUGAUGGUGAGAAUAUACCUCCCAAUUCAUGGCUUGUGUAUGAUGUAGAAUUACUUGGCGUUCGUUGAAUUUUGCUCAAUUGAUUAAAUUACUCCGUAGAGGCUCAAUUCAAUGGGUAAUGGAUGAACAUGGAAUGGUUGAUUAUUUUCUCCAAUUUGGUGGAGUAUGGUAUUAUUUUUGCUAAAGAUUAAUGGAUUAGAGAUGAAUGAACUUGUCAUUUUUUUUAAUGUACUCAAUUGAGGACAAGAUGAACCUUUUCCUUAUAAUUGGGAGAUUUUUUUUCUCAAAAAUGAAAUGAAAAUCUCUAAUUGAGACAUUUUGGUUUA